AUGAACACCUCAUUCAACGGCAAGGAAGCUGUUCUUCUUAUCAAAGAUGAAUUUACAAGCAUGAUCUUCAUCUACCUUCUGAAUGACGCGACACAAGGGUCCGUUAUGACUGCUUUGAGAAACCACGAGGCAAUGGUUCAACGCCAAUGGAAUCUCAACAUUUGCAUUAUCCACCGUGAUAACGAUCGUUCUCUUCAGAGUGCGUAUGAGAGCUGGAUCGAGGAAAAGGGGAUUCAAGAUGAACCUUCUGCCCCUUACACUCCCGCUCAAAACGGUUCUGCAGAGCGAUCUGGGGGGGCCCUUCAGAACAGACAGAAGAAGGACCUAAAGACCGACCCUCACACAGAAAUCGGUUAUCUCGUUGGAUAUGAUUCCACGAACAUUUUCAGGAUCUGGAUUCCGUCCACAUCAGAAGUCCGAAGGGUCCGAGAUGUGACCUUCAAUGAAAGCAUCUUCUAUGACGGAAAUGAUCAGCCACCAGAACCUAUCCCACAGCGCGUGGAAGUACAGCUUCCAGCCCACAUCGAGGACGAGUCGGAUUACGAGGAAAUCCCCACUCAAAUCGAUGAACCUGAACCUGACCCCGUUGAGCAAUCUCCUCAACCUCAGACCAAGGAGACGCCACCACGAUUGUGGUACAACCCGAACCAUCUGAUCAUGAGGACUCGGAUGAUCAGGAUGAGUUUCAUGACAUUCAGCACCCAUAUCCGACACGGACCCCGGUCCGAGUGA